AUGGGAAAGGCAAGAUGUUUUAGCUUCAGGCAAAGGGUGUAUGAUGUGAGCACCCAACAUCAUGAUCCUUACAAGAGAUACACAACCUUCAGAAGAAUCCUACGGUCCAUAUGCCCAGAGUCAGGAAAGGACAACGAAAUUGCACCACUUGAUUUCACCACCCCAGCUAGGUUUGACAACCACUACUACCUUAACAUUCUCCAGGGAGAAGGCUUGUUAGGGUCUGAUAAUGUGCUGGUGACCCAAGAUCAUGAGGGGGAGCUAAUAGGGCAAGUGUGGGCUUAUGCCUCCAAUCAAAAGCUUUUCUUUGAUGCAUUUGCCAAAUCUAUUGUCAAGAUGGGUAACAUCAAUGUACUCACUGGAAAUGAAGGAGAAAUCAGGAAGAAUUGUAACCAUCUGGACAAACUCACCAAAGAGGAUCUAUUGCCGACUUGCCGUCAAGAAGCGUAG